AAUUCUCAGUGGUUAUUCAGCCGAUGCAGGGCGGUUCUUGAGGUUUAUUUGUGAAAGACAGCUGUAGCGCAACGCACGAUGAAGUGGAUCUUCUUCGUAGUCAUCGCUUGCGUAGCGAGUAUCUUGGCGCAAGAUGUGGUGGAAUCCCCACCGGAGGACACGGAGGAUCUUGAAAGGGAUGAGAGUCAUGGCUUGAGAGGUGGCUUCCAGAAGCCCUACCACACAUGGGGGGUUAAUCAUCGAGAAAAUGAAAAGUACUUUGAUUAUCUCUUCGGGAAGAGCCUCAAAGCAGCUAUAACUAGUCCAGUUUUCACUACACGUCAGGGUCCUAAUAAGAUCCCAUCCGGUGGUAAGCAAUCAGCCACACUAACAGGAGCCAGUGCAGCCAGCGAUGCUCCCGAAAGAACGACAAAAUCAUACAAUCCAAGAGCUGGGGAAGACAAUAACUAUGGGUACAGGCCAGAUAGUGAAUACCCCCCCGAUAAUUGGCAAGAAAAGUGGCCUGAAUGCGGAGGUGGUCGACAGAGUCCUGUUAACUUAGCCCUGCCGUCAUGUGAAAAGGACUAUGGGCCACCUUUUCAGUCGAUCUUCUUCAAGAAGCACCCUCAGACUACGAUAAUCCGCAAUUUAGGACACACCGUGCAGUACUCAUUUUCCUACGCAGGAACCCCACCCAUUCUCACGGGCGCCUUCCUGGACACGGAGUACCUCUUUGCCCAACUUCAUUUUCACUUUGGCUCCAACGACUACACGGGAUCGGAACAUUCAAUAAAUUCCGUAACAUACCCAAUGGAGAUGCACUUGGUGUUUUAUAAUUCAAUUUAUAAUGACACACAAGAAGCCAGUAAUCACCCAGAUGGUCUCCUAGUUCUUGGUUUUGUCUAUCAAGUCCUAGAAAGCACACCUAAUCAGAGAUUUGCCCUCUACGUGAGCGACGUUCCCACCGAUGGGACGGAGAUUACAAUUGAGAAUCCCCGUGGCCAUCGACUCUUUGACUUUGUUGGCUCAAUGGAUUUCCACUAUGCCACCUACGAGGGAAGCCUAACCACCCCGCCUUGCUCCGAAGCCGUCACGUGGAUCGUCUCGACGCGCCCUAAGCAAAUAAGUCGGCAUGAUUUGGAAGUUUUUAGGUCACUACAGGGUGUCGAGGGUCCCAUGGCGGACAACAAUCGGCCACUACAGAGUUUAAAUGGACGAACGUGCGUCUACCACUGAUUACCUUUACUUUUUACUAAACAUAAUUAAUUAAAUGUAACAUAUAGCAUUAAGAGAGCAACCCCCACCCGAAUGUAUCUCAAAGUUUUGUAUAAUGACUGAAAAUAAAUAAAAAAUAAUAAAA